ACGACGACAAGCAUCUAAGAACUUCUCCCAAUUUCCCCUCCACACAUUUCCACUUACCUUAUCUUUGAGCUGUCCCCUCUUCCCACCAAAACCCAUCAAAUUUCCCGUGUGCCCAGAUCCUUAAAUGCACCCAUUUACAAAACUCCGACCUCCAUUCUCCUCCUUCCACUGCCACCGCCGGCGACGCCGCCGCAAAUGGCAUCCAGACUUGGGUUAACUGUGACAAAACCGAGAUUCUUCACUGUCCAGUUUAGAAACCCGUUCUUUUCUGUCUCGUUGUUGCCGUCUUCCGCUCCUGGAGUUCAGUUUGGUCCCAAGAAAUUGUCUUUUAGGCGCAGACUGUUGGUUCUUUCUCCCAAGGCCACCACUGAUCAGCCAGGUCAGGUCCAAGAAGAUGAAGUUGUUGAUAGCAAUGUCUUGCCCUAUUGCAGCAUAGAUAAGAAACAAAAAAAGUCACUUGGGGAGAUGGAACAAGAAUUUCUUCAGGCACUUCAGGCUUUCUACUAUGAAGGAAAGGCUAUCAUGUCUAAUGAGGAAUUUGAUAAUCUCAAGGAAGAACUAAUGUGGGAGGGAAGCAGUGUUGUAAUGCUAAGUGCUGAUGAACAGAGAUUCUUGGAAGCUUCAAUGGCUUAUGUAUCUGGAAAUCCAAUUAUGACGGAUGAAGAGUUUGAUAAACUUAAACAGAAACUUAAGAUAGAUGGAAGUGAAAUCGUCGUUGAGGGUCCUCGAUGCAGUCUCCGCAGUAGAAAGGUCUAUAGCGACCUCUCUGUCGACUACCUCAAGAUGUUUCUUCUCAAUGUACCGGCUGCAGUUGUCGCAUUAGGAUUGUUCUUCUUCCUUGAUGACUUGACUGGAUUCGAAAUCACCUAUCUUCUAGAGCUUCCGGAGCCGUUCAGUUUCCUUUUCACGUGGUUUGCAGCUUUGCCCUUCAUACUAUGGUUAUCUUUCACGAUUACAAACUUCAUUGUGAAAGAUUUCUUGAUCUUGGUGGGUCCCUGUCCAAACUGUGGCACAGAAAACACUUCAUUCUUCGGUACCAUAUUGUCAAUAUCAAGUGGGGGUUCUGUCAACAACGUGAAAUGUGCAAAUUGUGGGACGGAGAUGGUUUACGAUUCCCAGACACGACUGAUUACGCUUCCUGAAGGAAGUGAGGCAUGAUGAGUUCAGUGGCAAAAGCCCACUACCUCGAUGUUCAAGAAUCCCAGACUACCUCUCACGACUUGCCGACUUGGUGCCUUUCCCCCUCUCUAACUUAAAUCCUCUAACGCUAAACAAGUAAAACAACCUUUGUACUUAUGUUUGUGCCCCUAAUACGUCCUUGUCUUUUUUGCCGACAAGAAAUAAACUUCUGUAAUAGUAACCUUAUUCUGGUGCAGUGAGUGAACUCGACCUGUAUCAUAAUGUUCCCCUUUCCAGAAGGGCAUCGAUGAAGUGAAUAAAAUCACCAUAAACACAUCUGCUCUGUUAUCAAUCAAUGAAUAACUUUAAGCAGCAACUACUUUCGAUGCG